AUGAUUAAGGAUGUCAUGAGAAAUGAGACGAGGGCUCGCUCGCGGGCGGGCCUGCUCGGGAUGGGGAGCCGGCGGCCUCCCCGCGCCUCCGGAGACCGCGCGGGGACGCUGCUCGGGGCUGUCAGAGGGCAAGGGAAAGACGAGUCCAAGGUGGAAGACGACCCGAAAGGCAAGGAGGAGAGCUUCUCGCUGGAGAGCGAUCUGGACUACAGCUCGGAUGACAAUCUGCCCGGCCAGGCGGCCCCCAAGGAGGAAGACCCGGGCCACGCGCUGGAGGAGACCCCCGCGGGCGGCGGCGCGCCGGGCGGCACCACGUCCAGCGGCAAGAACCGGCGGCGGCGGACUGCGUUCACCAGCGAGCAGCUGCUGGAGCUGGAAAAGGAGUUCCACUGUAAGAAGUACCUGUCGCUGACGGAGCGCUCGCAGAUCGCCCACGCGCUCAAGCUCAGCGAGGUGCAGGUGAAAAUCUGGUUCCAGAACCGCAGGGCCAAGUGGAAACGGGUGAAGGCCGGCAAUGCCAACUCCAAGACAGGGGAGCCCUCCCGGAACCCCAAGAUCGUCGUCCCCAUCCCCGUCCACGUCAGCAGGUUCGCCAUUCGAAGUCAACACCAGCAGCUGGAACAGGCGCGGCCCUGAGGGCCCGGGUGGCCUGGGGCGGGCACCCACCGUGCCGCCGGGACCAGUGCCGGAGCCGGAUGGACCCGAGGUGGACUCGCUGUGUUCGAAGCUAAGCGCAAAGUCACACCCCAACUUUGGACAACCCAAGCAAAUUGAGACUCCAUUCAUUCCACAGGCUUCAAAGACUGCUGAUGAAGAGGGAUCG